GAAAACUGAGGAGGGCGACAUUUUUUUUCCUCAGUUUCCGAUUUCAAUUACCAGUCUCUGCAGAUCUCAUCUCCUCCGGUAGUCUUCAACUUUCCGGCGAAGAAACCCUAACAGACAUGUUCCGAUUGGAGCAGGAGAAGAUCCGAAAGCGAAUUUGACACCUCCGAAUCCGGUUUCCUCUACCUCUCUCUCUCUCUCUCUCAAUCGGCGCAAGUUCCGAUUACGACCGGAGGUUGAGCUGGUGAAUUGCUGCUGCACAUGGCCGACGCUCUCACUGUGAUUCCCGCCGGCGUGCUCCGGAACCUGGCGGACAAGCUCUACGAGAAGCGCAAGAAUGCUGCUCUCGAGGUUGAGGGAAUCGUGAAGCAGCUCACGAUGGCCGGCGAUCAUGAUAAGAUUACGGCCGUGAUCAAAUUGCUCACUACGGAAUUUACUUAUUCACCGCAAGCGAAUCACCGCAAGGGAGGACUGAUAGGGUUAGCUGCUGCAACAGUUGGGUUGACCAGCGAAGCGGCUCAGCAUCUUGAGCAAAUUGUGCCUCCUGUGCUUAAUUCCUUUUGUGACCAAGAUAGCAGAGUUCGUUAUUAUGCUUGUGAAGCACUAUACAACAUUGCAAAGGUUGUACGAGGAGAUUUUAUUAUAUUCUUCAAUCAGAUUUUUGAUGCCUUGUGCAAGCUGUCAGCAGACUCAGAUGCUAAUGUACAAAGUGCCGCUCAUCUUUUAGAUCGGCUUGUAAAGCAGGAUAUCGUUACUGAAAGUGACCAGUUCAGCAUUGAAGAAUUUAUACCAUUACUGAGGGAGCGUAUGAAUGUUCUAAAUCCCUAUGUCCGCCAAUUUUUGGUAGGAUGGAUCACUGUUUUAGACAGCGUGCCAGAUAUUGAUAUGCUGGGUUUCCUUCCCGACUUUCUUGAUGGUUUGUUUAAUAUGUUAAGCGAUUCAAGCCAUGAGAUAAGACAACAGGCUGAUUCAGCUCUUUCAGAGUUUCUCCAAGAGAUUAAAAACUCCCCAUCUGUAGAUUAUGGUCGCAUGGCUGAAAUACUGGUGCAGAGGGCUGCUUCUCCAGAUGAAUUUACUCGUUUAACAGCUAUCACAUGGAUAAAUGAGUUUGUAAAACUUGGUGGGGACCAGCUUGUUCCCUACUACGCUGAUAUAUUGGGAGCAAUUUUACCCUGCAUAUCCGAUAAAGAGGAGAAAAUCAGAGUGGUUGCUCGCGAAACCAAUGAAGAGCUUCGUGCUAUUAAUGCAGAUCCAGCUGAAGGGUUCGAUGUUGGAGCAAUCCUCUCUAUUGCAAGGAGGCAACUAUCUAGUGAGUGGGAGGCUACUAGAAUUGAAGCAUUGCAUUGGAUUUCCAACCUUUUAAAUAGACAACGUACUGAGGUAUUGACGUAUCUGAAUGACAUAUUUGACACUCUUUUGGAAGCACUUUCAGAUCCUUCUGAUCAGGUGGUUCUCCUGGUUCUAGAGGUUCAUGCAUGCAUAGCGAAAGAUCCACAACACUUCCGUCAGCUUGUCAUCUUCCUUGUUCAUAAUUUCCGUGUAGAUAAUUCUCUUCUGGAAAAACGUGGUGCUUUGAUAAUUCGCCGACUUUGUGUGCUUUUAGAUGCUGAAAGGGUUUACCGAGAACUGUCUACUAUAUUAGAAGGAGAGUCGAACCUGGAUUUUGCAUCUAUUAUGGUUCAGGCUUUGAACUUGAUUCUACUUACAUCUUCCGAGUUGUCUGACCUUCGAGAUCUUUUGAAACAAUCACUUGUGAAUCCAUCAGGGAAGGACUUAUUUGUUUCUUUAUAUGCUUCAUGGUGUCACUCGCCUAUGGCAAUUAUAAGCCUCUGCUUGUUAUCUCAGACAUAUCAGCAUGCAAGUACGGUGAUUCAGUCUCUGGUGGAGGAAGAUAUAAAUGUCAAAUUUUUAGUCCAUCUGGACAAAUUGAUUCGGUUACUGGAAACUCCAAUCUUUGUAUAUCUUAGAUUACAGCUUCUGGAACCUGGAAGGCAUAUGUGGCUGUUAAAAGCUUUGUAUGGUCUUUUGAUGCUACUUCCCCAGCAAAGUGCCGCCUUUAAAAUUCUACGGACUCGUUUAAAAACUGUACCUACCUACUCGUUUGGUGGUGAGCAACCCAGGCGAACUUCUUCAGGGAAUUCCUAUCAGAUCCUACAUCAUAUGUCAAGUGGAUCACAGGUCAUUGAGGAUGGUGACUUAAACCCAAACCAGGACAGUAAGUUUUCUCAUCAUGGAAUAAACUUCACUGCAAGACUACAACAGUUUGAGCAAAUGCAGCAGCAGCAUCGCCAGCAUACAAAAGAUCAGGCACAAGUACGCAGCAAUUCCACAUCAUCCACAACGCAACAGGAUGUGCAAAGACCUGAAGAACUCAGCCGAACUUCAUCAGAUGUCAAUCGGCCUCCUUCUAGAUCUAGGAGGGGACCAGGGCAGUUACAAUUAUAAUGUUGCUGCUUCUGGACCCUGGGUCACUGGCGGAGGCAAACAUGUCUCACAUCAGCAAAGCUUAGGAGUUGUGAAUGGGAUAUCUGGUAUAGUUUGUAAAAUUGUAUAUUUGUAGUAGUUUGUUGUUAAUUGGUUCGGAUGGUGGGAAUUGGGUUUGAAAAUUAAGAUCAGCUCAGUUGAUGCGAGGCUAUUCUUUUUGACAUUUGUAAGCUGAUGCUGCCCAUGUGGUUCUGUUAUUUUUAUUGAAAACCAUGUGGGGGGUUAGAAAGGGGAUAAUUCCAAUUAGAUUCAAUUUGUUUUUUCAUCUGUUACAUGUUAUAAGGUAGCUGUUAUGUACACCUCGGUUUUGAAAUUAAAGGAAAGUUGGAUGUGUAGUUAUAAUUUCA